AUGGGUUCCCCGCCGCAGAAUCCCAACUGGGUCUUCGAUUAUAGUGUGAUUGAGGACAUUCUUGUGCCAGGUGGUGAACUUCCAUCUCUUGACCCACCACUUCAACCCGUUCAUCUCGCCCGAUUCGAGUUGGGUCGGUCCGACGAAUCGCUUGCGGCCAAAGCUAUUCGAGCCUCGUCGGCGCAUCGCGACUCCUCUCUCUCCUCCACUUACGCUGCUCGCGGUGCUCGCCUGCUCUCUGCAAACAUAUUAGAUGAAGAGCAAUGCAAAGAAUUGAAAAUGGGUUCUUAUUUGGCUGUUGCCGCAGCCUCAACAAAUCCCUCGCAUUUUAUUCACUUGAUUUACAAACCCCCUGGCGGACCUGCUAAGGUCAAAUUAGGGUUGGUUGGUAAAGGUCUUACCUUUGACAGCGGUGGCUACAACAUCAAGACAGGGCCUGGCUGUUCAAUUGAACAAAUGAAAUCUGAUAUGGGAGGUUCAGCAGCCGUAUUAGGUGCAGCAAAAGCCAUUGCUCAAAUCAAACCAACUGGUGUAGAGGUUCAUUUCAUUGUUGCAGCUUGCGAGAAUAUGAUGAGUGGAACAGGUAUGAGGCCUGGAGACAUUGUGACAGCAUCAAAUGGAAAGACAAUUGAGGUCAAUAACACUGAUGCUGAAGGUAGACUUACUCUGGCUGACACAUUGGUAUAUGCUUGUAACCAAGGUGUUGAUAAGAUUGUUGACCUAGCAACCUUAACCGGUGCUUGCAUAGUUGCUUUUGGACCCUCAAUAGCAGGUGUCUUCACACCAAGUGAUGACCUGGCGAAGGAGGUGUUUGCAGCUUCAGAAAUCAGUGGGGAGAAAUUUUGGAGGUUGCCAAUGGAGGAGAGUUAUUGGGAAUCAAUGAAAUCCGGAAUAGCCGAUAUGCUCAACACCGGUGCUCGUCAAGGUGGUUCAAUAACUGUUGCUCUCUUCUUGAAGCAGUUCAUUGAUGAAAAAGUUCAGUGGCUGCAUAUUGACAUGGCCGGGCCUGUUUGGAGUGACAAGAAACGCACUGCUACAGGGUUCGGUGUUUCCACUCUGGUGGAGUGGGUUCAGAACAACUCUUCUUAAGUAGCUGAAGCGUCCGGCGGGAGAAGCAUUACAUCAGCAUCACCAGCCUGGGUACAAAUCCAUGUUGAUGGGGUUCUUUGGCGCCGCGAGUCGGACUUCAGUUGAUGAAUAAAACGUGCAGGAAAAGAAAUGGCAAGGGUUAAUGGACCUAUGGACAUAGUCUUGUUCAAGUUUUUACUGCGAAAUCCUUCAUAUCUUUCCUGUAAGGGUCGGUUUAAUUUCUCCUUUUGUAUGAUUUGCCUUUUAUCU